AUGCUCUUAAACAGAAGAAACCAUGGGUUGCCAAAGAGGGUCACGCUAGUGCUUCUCAUACUGACACUGUGUGUUAAACACCUGGCUCGCUUGGCCCGCUGCUUUGCGGUGAGCAGGCGAUCCUUCGCGUUAAGUGCCAUCGGGGGGAAAAAUGACAGCGGGAGGAAGGCCCAGCUGAGGGAGAACCGGAAGAUCCUGGUCGAAAUCGGGAACAGCCUGAAGGGGCAAGACGUGCAGAAGUGCCUGUCCCACCUGGACGACCUGCUGGAGGCCUACGCCCGGGACAGCAAGUUGUCCAGGAACAUGAGCACCCUCUGUGGAAACGUCCUCAACCUAUGCAGCAAGUACAACGACAUAAACAGCAUGAUUAAGGUGAUAGAGAAGAUGAAGAGGCACAACAUAGAGAUGCAGGAGAAUUCUUUUCUGGCCAUUUGCAAUUAUUAUAUUACGAACAAUUAUAUUUACGAGUACCUCCUCACCAUCAAUAAGAUGAUUCAGAAGAAGAUCACCAUUCGGGAGAGGUUCUACAGGUACAUCCUCGUGCAUGUCCUGGACCUGCCCCUCGGCGGGAUGCACAGCGCAAGUGGGGUUUCACAAAGAGAGGAACAAGCUGCAAAUCACUCCACACACAUAAAUAACAAACGGAGCAACUUAAUAAAAAAUACCGAUUACAGCCACUUUGAGAGGCAUAUCAAACGGCUGGAAAGGUAUAACAUCCCACAGCUGAGCGAGGAAGACCGAAAGUACAUUCUAAAUAAUUACCUCCUAAUUGAAGUUUUCAAGCACAUGAACGACAACCGGGUGAAGAUCAAACUGCUCUACGUUUUGAAGCUCAUCCAUUAUGUGUAUGAGAAUGUGCAGCACCUCAUUCGACAGAGUUGGGUAGAAGCGGGGGGCAGCGAAGCGGUGAACGAAGCGGCAAACAAAUCGCGUAUCGAAUCGCCUAACAAACCGCCUGACGAACCGCCUGGCAACCCCGCCGCGCAACAGAGCAAAGCCAAACUGCUGAGCGACGUCCUGACGGACCAGCUGAGGGACAUCCUCGAGCUCUACAAAUCGAACUACGAAUCGAUGAGCAUUAACAUUAAGAAGUACGACGAUGAAGCGGACGAGGAGGAGAAGCGAACCGUCUACUAUCAGGUGAACAAAAUUGUGAAGAAGCUCCCCUUUAUAAAGCUGACCGAAAAUGUGAAAAAUACUUUUAACUGUAAAAAUUGCGAAGAAAAUAUUAACACGUAUUUCCUCUCGCUCAAGCAUACCAUCAUCGUCAUCGUCAACAUCAUCCUCAUCACUCACCUGUUCAACAGUAAGGAGAUUUUUAAGAUAAAGCAUUUUUUUUCCAUCCUGAAUGGGUCUAGUGAAGCGAGUGGGUCUAGUGAAGCGAGUGGGGCGGGCACUCCUCUCGAGGGGGGCAUACAAACAGGUGUCACCCACCCAGAUGAGCAGCACAAUAGCCCCCCCAACGUAGUAGCGACCCCCCGAGGAGAAGAGGAAACUCCCCUCCCGGACACCAGCAGUACACACAAGCUGUUCGAAAGGGGCUCCUACACGUGCCUCCUCGACGGAGCGAACAUCGGCUACAACAAGCAGAACGUGGAGAAUGGCCGGUUCAGUUUUUUGCAAAUAGAAAUUUUAAAGGAAAUUAUAAAAAGGAGAAAUAAGGAGACUCCCCUGAUUAUUCUGCCCAAAAUAUACCACUACAAAAAUUCGUUGAAGCACCUGCAGGAGGGGGAGGCGCAGAGCGAGGCGGAGGGGGAGGGCCGCGUGCACUCCAGCAUCUUCAUCCCGAACAAGACGGUCAAGGUGAAGAAGGGGGGCUCGCCGCCUCGCAGGGGGGGUGAAGAGGAAGAGCGGCGCGGUGAAGAGGCGGAGCAGCGCGGUGAAGUGGCGGAGCAGCGCGGUGAAGAGGCGGAGCAGCGCGGUGAAGAGGCGGAGCAGCGCGGUGAAGAGGCGGAGCAGCGCGGUGAAGAGGCGGAGCAGCGCGGUGAAGUGGUUGAACGCCGGCGAUCCCCCCCGCUGGCCUACAUCAAACGCAUGUUCAACAAGCUAGACCCCACGGACGUGGAAAUCAUAAAAAAAUGGGAAAGCGAAAAGUGCCUCUACAUAUGUAACUACAACAUGUACGACGAUUACUACUACAUUCUGGGGAGCCUGGCCAGAAGUAAUAACCUCUUCAACAUCUGCUCCUAUGUGGACCGACUAGCCAAACAUUUCUACAAAUACCAAAACUUAAAUCAUAACGUCAUCAUAGAUAGCUACACCAGAUGUGCAGACAAGCAGAUCUAUAAGGGAAGGGAAAUCCUCCACAUUUAUAACAACAUCAUUUUUGAUAGCAACAAUCACAUAAUGGUUCUGGUGAGCAACGAACAUAUGGGCAAAGAGAAGAAAUACAUCUCCAUGAAUGAGCAGUAUUAUAAUGACAAAAUAAAGAAAAGGAAAUAUUCCCAUGUGGGAUUCUUCGAGCAGUACAAAAGUAAAUUGACCUUCCGCGAUAAGGACAGCGUGCCCUACUCCGAUGAGAAUGUCUUCAUGGAGACGUACGAGUGUGAUUCGCAGGGGGGAAGUCUGCCCGUCAGCGCGGGGGAAGAGCAGCGAAAGGAGGCGAAUGCACAUCCGCGAAAGGAGGCAAAUGCACAUCCGCGAAAGGAGGCAAAUGCACAUCCGCGAAAGGAGGCAAAUGCACAGCCGCAAAAGGAGGCGGAGGAGACCACCACAUGCCAAGGACAACCAAACGGGGCCGGCGAACACGGGGAAGGGAAAAACUUCCACUACAGCAACAUCUACGUGAAGUGCAUCAAAGACGUGCGAAGUGUGCAGAAGCCAAUUUACAUUUACACGAACGAUAAAAUGAAGAACCAUUAUUUUAAUGAAUACACAAAUUACAUUUUGAAGAAAUGGAAAAAGAAAAGCUUCAUUUCCUUUUACUUUAAGCAGCCAAUAUUCAUGCCAGAUCUCCUAACUCAGUCAGAAUCAAAUUCGAUAGACCUCUCCAAGCUCAUCAGUACAUACAAGCUCCCCUUUGUAAAUAUAGAAAACCCAAAACUGUAUAUCGAUGACGUCGUGUCGUAUAGGGACAAAGGCAUCUACCACAUUAAGAUUAACACGCCUAGCAAAACGUUUCUGUCUUACCAGAAUGAGAACCUGCCCUUUUUGCAGAGCGGCAACAACGUCGUCAGGUACCUCUGCAUCGACUUUUCGAAGGUCUGCAGGGGGGGCGGCUAG